AUGUGGAACGAUGAGGAUAAUAACCCGUACGGAGCGCUGGACCGUAACGAAGCUCCUCUCGGCGGAUCCUUUCACCCUGCCGCAAUGGCGCCUCCAGCAUAUGAAGAACGCCCCGUCUCUCCAGCUUCAUCAAGGUCGUCUACUCGCGACCCACCGGAUUUUGUAACGCGGACAGACACGCCCGAUCUCGAUGAUGAGCCAGAUCACGACGAUGUGGGCGAGUUCUCCGAUCGUCAGCAUGGCCAACCCUAUCAGCGCAAAAAGGGGAUAUAUGAUAGCAGGAUAGAGCAGAUUCUAUACGAGAACCCGGAAUUACCAAUUAUUAUUACGCAUGCCGGAAAGAACAGCGAGACUGGUGGGAGUUUUAUCGUCUACACUAUUAGGACGGGCGAUCUCGAGGUUAGGCGUCGAUAUUCCGAAUUUAGUUCUCUCCGCGCAACUCUGGUCAACCUUCAUCCUACACUUAUAAUACCGCCCAUCCCGGAGAAGCAUACUAUGGCGGACUAUGCGGCCAAACCCACAAAGGCAAAGGAAGACACCUCCAUUAUUGAAUUACGGAAACGUAUGCUCGCCGUGUUUUUAAACCGAUGCCGGAGGAUGGAUGACAUCCGCGAAGAUGGGGUCUGGUGGAGGUUUCUAGACCCCAAUGCAAGCUGGGGCGAGGUUCUAAAUUCUCACCCGGCUGCUUCGGUGCCCAAAAACAACCUCAAAGCUCCCCCUCUUGACCCAGCUAACCCGACACCUGCCCAUAACUGGCUCCCCGUCCCUUCUUCUUCUGCAAAGUUGAAACCUACAAUAUCAGACGUGGCCACAAUUCCUUCAUUCGUGAACCGGUUCCCACCAUCCUCCUCACGAAAUCUUAGUGAACAUGAACUGGACCCUUACUUUGUCAAUUUUGAAUCAUCUACCCGAGAACUAGAGCUUCUUCUCCAAGGGAGCGUUGAGAAAGUAAACAGACGAACAUUGACACAUCUGUCUUCGCUAUCUGCUGAUCUCAUGGAACUUGGAGCGCGAUACAACGGGUUUGCCCUUUCGGAGCAGUCACCGACUGUUGCAGCGGCAAUCGAGAGAGUUGGCCAGGCGGCGGAUAACUCGUACAUCGAAACAGAAGAGCUUUCCUCUAGCCUGGGAGCCACAUUUUCAGAGCCGAUGCGGGAAAGUGCCCAGUUCGCGGGUGUUGUCAGGGGCGUUCUUCGCUACCGGGUCCUAAAACGGAUCCAAGAGGAAAUGACAAGGGACGAACUAAACAAGAAGAGUGCUUUGUUAGAAUCCCUAGAACGAAGCGAAAUAGAAGCUCAGCGCAUAGAGGAGUAUCUAAACAAAGGGAGCACAUCGCCAUCCACAAGACCAAGACGCUCCUUGUCUGAGACUUCUUCAACGAGCAACCCAGAGCCAGGCUCAGAGCCUACCCAGGCUACCACGGAGGAUACAGCGUCUAUCGACUCAGACUUUCCUCCAACCCAUGGCGAGGCCACGAGCCGACCAUCCGCUUCUCAAGGGCUUCCUCAUCGCCCUAUGGAUCCGACCCCUAGUGGCCACCGUAAAUCUUCGAGUGGUAAUUUUGUUACCAACAAGAUAUUUGGCCGGAUUAGCCAUGCCGUCCAUGGGUUUGUGGAUGUAGACCCGGAAAGGACACGCCGGGAUCAAAUCGGCAAGACAAAAGAGAGUCUACUACAGCUGGAGCAAGCUCUAAAAGUGUCCGAGCAAGAUGUGAAGGACGCAAGUAGCGGAGUCCUCCGAGAUCUCAAGAGGUUUCAGAGGGAGAAAGAAGAGGAUCUCCGCAGCUAUAUGGUCGCGUACGCACGAUGCCAUCUGGACUGGGCCCGGAAGAGUCUAGAAACAUGGACCGAAGCGCGAGAUGAAGUCGAUAAAAUAUCUAUCCGAUAG